AUGGUAGCCGAUUUAGAAGAGUUUUCUGAUUUCGUUGAUCAGGUUGAUAAGUGGCUUGAUGACCUGGCUAACGCCUCCGGGGAUGAUGCUCGCAUCAGGGUUUUGCUAAAUUCGACAAAAAUGUGCACAGCUGAUGAUUAUUUGAUUUUCAUGCGUCUUAUCAAGAAGGAUUUGUGUAUUAACGCUGGCUCGAAACAAAUAUUGGAUGCACUUGGUCCCGGUGCCUAUGCUGCUUUUCAGGCAUCUCACGACCUCGAGGCUGUUGUCGAUAACGUACGGAAUGCCCGUGAAGUUGGGAAACGCAAGCUUACCACCGGGAAUCUCUCCGUCGGCAUUAAAUUAAUGACCCCAAUAAAGCCCAUGCUUGCAGAACCUGGUCGUUCAGUCGACACGGUCAUUGCCAAAGGCUCAGCCGCGGGUGGAAUGCUCGUUGAAAUCAAAUACGACGGGGAACGCGUUCAGGUCCACAAGCAGGGUAAUAAGUUCGCCUACUUCUCUCGCAGUUUGAGACCUGUGCAGCUGCAAAAGGUGGAACAUUUGAAAGAGUUUAUCCCAAAGGCUUUCCCUGGAGCGGUGGACUUAAUAAUCGACUCCGAAGUUCUCCUUUUGGACGUCAACACGCAAAAGCCUUUGCCCUUCGGAACUCUCGGUGUUCACAAGAGGAAUGCGUUUAAAGAUGCCACUGUAUGUCUCUUUGUAUUUGACUGUCUCUACAUCAAUGGAAGAAGCCUUCUCCUUGAGUGA